ACGUGAUUGGCUGGUUACCGUCACAUGACGCAGAAGCAGGAAGUGAAACGCUGCGUUUGAGGACAAUUCAUAGGGGAUAUUUGGAUUGAACAACGAUACGAUGAGAAUAUUAAUGUUGACGUCACAGAAUAGGCUGUAAAUAUAGGACUGAUGAGUGUGCGUGCUCUGUGGAUUAUUUCUCACGAGAAGGGAGAAAAUGUGUCGAUACGUUUCACAAGGAGGUUUGCUACAGUGGAGCACCGUGCAAAGAGCCUGGCAGGUUCCUCAUAUGUAGCAGUCCCAGAAGACCACAGUGUGCUGCAGCUCCUGCUCACUGAGUUGGGGCUUUCAGACUCAGACAAGUCCUAUGUAGCUCUCAGAGAUGACUGCCUGCAUCGUCAGCGAUCACCAGCCCUGGAGCUGCGUGUGGACGGUCCUGGAAAGGGAAUACUUUGGCCAGUGUUGGCCAUCUCACAUGGGCCUCUUACCCUAGCUUGCCUGCCUAUAGUGGAUGCCCCCGCUGAGCCACGGCCACCCCUUGCCAGCCUGCUGUCUGUCUCCCAGGGCCUAACACUCUUGGCAGGUCUGCAGACUUUUCUCCUCGGCUCUGGGGGUAAGCCUGAUAACGAGGGGAUGGCCUCUCGUCUUGCCAUGCUGCCAUCUGUACUCUUGCAGGUUUGUCCACUUGGCACACCACUCGAUGUGCCACUUUUAGGGGCGCCUGCUACAUCCACAGUGCCUACUCCUGCUGGGAACCAGAAGCAGCCAGCCUGGAAGACGGGGCUCCACCGCGGUCGAGCUGUGGUGAACGUUGCAUUAAAAGAAACAGUGCGCUCCAUGCAGUAUGGUAACCGGAGCAGACAGGACCUAUGGGAUGUUUAUGGCACUGUGACAUGCAAAUGUGAAGUGGAAGGCAUGCUCCCAAAUGUGACGGUGACCCUCACACUGCCACCAAAUGGAUCUCCACUACAGGACAUCCUGGUCCAUCCUUGUGUCACCUCACUGGAUUCUUGUAUCCUGACUGCCAGCAGUGUGGAUAACUGUGAUGGCUCAGCUUUCUCUGGUCCGUACAAGUUCCCCUUCUCUCCUCCUCUGGAGCCGUUCAGACUAUGCAGCUAUACAUCUCAGGUCCCUGUUCCUCCUAUCCUCGGUUCGUAUCAACUGAGGGAAGAAGAGAAUCAGCUGCGUGUGUCGGUGACCCUCAAACUUCACGAGAGUGUGAAGAACAGCUUUGAGUACUGUGAGGCACACAUGCCAUUCUUUAACAGGGAUCAGAUGGGUGUUGUGGAUGUGAAGGUGAGCUCUGGACAAAUGGAUGUUUCAAAAGAGAAGAACUUGCUUGUCUGGGGCCUGGGACAAAAGUUCCCUAAAUCUCGUGAGGUCACAAUGGAGGGCAAGAUCAGCUUUUCUGGGCUGACACCAGGACCCACUGACCCCCUUUGCACAGAACUCACAGCCUAUAUCAAAUUGUAUUUCAAAGUUCCUGACAUGACGCUCUCUGGAUGCGGUGUUGACCAGCAUUCAGUGCAGGUUUAUUCCUCUGCCAAGCCACGGAUUAUAACAUCUCGCGAACUUCAAUCCAAAGAGUACUUCAUAUGGAAUUCAACCGGAACUGCUCCGGUAUCCUCUGGGCAGAUGAUGCUGUAGCAUGGACACAUUAAGAGCAGCUCAGAUGAAAGGUGCUCAGUUCACUGUAACGUAACAUGUAUGAAGACUGAGCAAAUACCGUACAGUGAUCCAGACUGGAUAUGUGACCCCAUAAAACAUGUUACUAUAUUUUUGUUACUGCUGAGCUCACAAUGAUAGAACAUUUUGAUAACAUUCACAAUAAUAAAUAAAUAGUAUUAUAAUCAUGUCAUAAUUUUGCUUUCAUUCUGAACAGCUCACAAUGUGCAGUCUUUGACUGGCAGAAAUAUUGAUUAUGUUGAUGGAUUGAUACUUAAAAAAACAACCUGUUCCUGGAGUCCAACUUCUUUAUCCACCAACCUUCACCCUCCCUCAAAUUUAUCCCAUUGCAGACACAAUGGCCACCCCUCGCUCUGACAGUCCCACUUCAGUGACUCUCCAUCAGCCGGAUAAUUAGCAGCUGGGGCCUUGUUAUCAGCUGUUGUGGGCCUAGAGGAGAGGGGCGGCUGGGCUGUGAAAGGCCAGGCUGCUCUGGCCAGUGUCUUGGCUACAAAAGGCUCCUCUUUUAGAGCUGGCAGGAGUCCUUGCCCCCUUCACAAAUCACUCCCCCACCCCUUCUGACCCCAUCCCCGCCCUGUCAACUAGUGGCUAGUUCAAACACUCAACCUCUCCAGCCAGACUGUGAUUGAGCGCUGACCUUCUGGCCCUCUGGGACUUAAAAGCAGCCGGCCCCAUUCAGAGAGAAGGACCUGCCUAAUUGGUGAAAAAGUCACAAGAAUGGAAAUGAUUGGGUUGCAUAGGUGCAUUAAAUUAAUUAAUGUACAACUUAAAGUAUAUUAUUGUGUCAGUGUAGUAUUUUAAUCAAUAUUCAAUUACUGUACAAAGAUAUUAUUUAAAUAGGAGCAUGUAGUUCCAGAUGUUUCUCACUGUUUACAUUUUUUUUUAACCUGAACUAUGAUGGGUUUCAUACUAACUUACAUGC